AAACUGCCUGGCCGUCUUCCUGAUGGAGUCUGUGUGGUGGGUCCAGGUCAGGUUCACUGAUGUGGACCCCGAGAAACUUGAAGCUGCUGACUCUCUGGGACUGUUUUCUGUGUAUUUUGUGUACGCUUCAACUUGGCUUUAAUUUUGAUGGUUGUUGCCGGAAGUUCUGCAUUUGACUCGGGAACGCGGCGCGCACCCACACAGACCCAAUGUGUGUAUUUGAAAUGAGGAGAGAGCUCAAACACAGUGUGGAUAUGAAAGCAUCGCUAACUUGGCGGGUCCUGGUGUGACGGGGUGUCCGGGUCCUGCGUUUCGUGCAGCGGACACACUAGAGUCGGGUCGGCGGAGGCAGUUGGAGUCAAUGAACGCGUUGUUUGGAGCCGUUGAACAAAGAGUGCUUGUUCCUCUGCCAUUGUUACCGAGCGGAGCUUCUCUCCCGGUGCUGGCUUCACUCUGUGAAACUAACACAAAUACUCCUGAGGGAGCGUGUUCGUUAAAAGCAGGUGAGGGGAGGCCUGUGUUCCAGUCAUGACCUCUGGGAAUGAGAACACCAUCAGCAGCCACCAUUAUGGAGAGAGCAAACCAGCCCAGGCCCUAGUCACGUCCCAGAUCCUCACGCAUCUGAUAGAAGGCUUUGUUAUCCAGGAGGGUGCUGAGCCUUUUCCUGUGGAACAUCCAUCUUUCUCUAUUGAAAGCCUAAGGAGAAACACAGCAGACUCAAAGAUGGACAAUCUCUCUCCAAAGGAGUUAAAGGCCCAGCAGGAGCCUAUGCUAACCUGUGAGCUGUGUGGCAGGGUGGAUUUUGCCUACAUUUUCAAAAGGUCUAAGAGGUUCUGCUCUACAGUGUGUGCCAAACGUUACAACGUGGGAUGUACAAAGAGAGUGGGUCUCUUCCCAAACCGCAAAACCACCCUGGGGAACAUGAAGAAACAAAGAGAAUCGAACGGACAACACAAAAUCUAUGGUUUAGAAUCUAAAAAGAAGAAGCCUGCUGCUGCUGCUGCUCUGUCCACUGGUCACUCUGUCCAGCCUGCCCCAGGAGAGUCCAGUCAAUGUUCAGACUUGUAUGGCUACAAAAAAACACCACCUCUCCUGUCAGCCACCAAGCGGGUGCCUGAGGUGCAAGGCUCUAAGCUGCCCCUGCUGCCACACAGCUUCCUGCCCUGUGAUCCCGGCCAGUGGAACAUUGAGGACGUCUACGACUUCAUCUCCUCUCGACCAGGUUGUCUGGAGAUUGCUGAGGAAUUCCGCUCUCAGGAGAUCGAUGGACAGGCACUACUGCUGCUGAAGGAGGAUCAUCUCAUGGCAACCAUGAACAUCAAACUGGGCCCUGCACUCAAGAUUUUUGCGGAGAUAAGCAUGCUCAAAGACUCAUAGCCCAGCCCACUCCACACACAUGUUGCAGCUCCAGACAAUGUGCUCAGGAUCCCACAAGUUGACUACCUGAGUUGAGUUCAGGUUCUGUGUCAGUUGUCUGUUGGGUUGUUUUGUCAAGGCCUGCUGAACACAAGGACACCAGAUUGAACGGUUGGACUGACCUUUUACACUGAAGUCUUCACCCUGGCACUCCAUCAAGUUCACUAAACUGUGACAAGAACAGGGUUUCAUUGAGUACGUGAUUCUUUUUUAUUAAGUAUUCCUGUGCCAUUUGUUCCUGCUGGAGACAUUUAAGGUUAGCAGUUGAUUUGUUUUGGUAUUUUCCGAAGAGGCAUGGCUGCAGUCUUGUUGUACUCUGGACAGUUCAUUCACUGAGUUGCUCAUAAAAAAGACUACAGGGAUACUAUUGAAAUUACAGACUCACUGAUUAAAGUAAUAAAUCUUGUUAGCUUCUUAAAGUUGGGGAAGAUGACAGGCAUGCAAGUGCAAGGUUAACAAAAACAUUUACAUUUUUUACUCUUUGUCCCAUCACACUUUCAUAUUGAACCAGAGUAUUUUAACACUUCUAAUUGUUUCAAAUUAUUUUGUAUUUGUGACCACUGCCACAAUUUAAUGUCAUAUAGUUCAAUUUUAUUUCAUGUAAAGCUAUGCGAAGAGCACUCCGUCAGCAUCUUCUUGUCUCAUACUCUCUUUCAACCAAAUUGACCCAGCUUUAUUGUCUGACAGGGUAAAAACAGCAUUAUUUAGUGAUAACGAACAGGAAAGUUCAUAGGAGAAGUCAGAUCUGAUCACAGUGGUCGCAGGAGACCUUUUUUAUGUCAAGUGUGAACUAAAGAACUUGGAGCUGUCCACUUGUGAUCGGAUCACUUGAGACUGAUGUAAGUGGGAACAGGGCCAAUGUUUUUAUUCAGCAAUAUUGUGGCAGUAUAUCUUUCCAGCCACCAGUGGCAGCACUGAGGUCAGUGGUGCUGAUCAGCUCCUCAGUCAGUGAGAGAAACCUGAAUCUCUAAGUCCUUAUUGAUUUUUCAUAGGGAAGAAGAUGUGAAAAGUAGUUGACAGAAUAAUAUCACUAGUUUUUAAACCACAUUCCAUGGUCUUCAGUGGACUUUUUUACUUAGUGUGUGGUUUUCUAUUUGAUUGUUUAAUGAGAUGCUCAGUGACUAAACUGUUCUAGUUCCAACAUAUAGCUGUGACAGUUCAAGCUAAAAUGUAUUAUGUAAGUCAAGACUGUGACUAACCCCAACAGCAGUUGGAAAAAAAGACAUCAAACAACUAAAACACUGAGUAAUGACCCUGCAGAUUGAGCCCCUUAGUGCUGUGUGUAAACUGACUUAACCACUAGGUACAGCUUUAUCUCUGCUUCCAGUCCUUGUGAUAAACUAGACUAACGAUGUCUGCACUGGGCACCCAGACAUGAAGCCUAUGAGAAUGCUGGUUAUCUCCUGCGAAUUCACCUCAGGAGUAUUUCCCUCAAUGCCAGCACAAUCAUAAAGUACCUUGAUUGGUCAGUUGCUCAGUUUAGUGUGGUCAAGAAGUAACUGAAGAAUCACUGGGCUGAACACCGAUCAUGAUUAUUUGAAUUCGGUUUUUGACAAACCAAUGUUUAGUUCAAACACGACUUAAAUAUUCCUCAUCUAACAGAAAAAUGAAUGUUUCUUAAUUGAGGAUGAUUUAUACUUCUGUUUCACUGUGCCUCCGUAAGGAGACAACAGACACAUAUGAAAAGAAAUGGGACCACAACUGUUUUCAUUAAACAUUUCAUUCAUAUCUUAAUAGCUAAGUUUUAUCCAAGGGAUCGGUUCAUUAAUUUUAGCCACGUGAAUAUUCAUGUAUGUUUUGAUGGCAUGUAUGUUUUGUUUGUAUCAGCCAUUUGAAUGCAGAUUACCUUUUGACUCUAAUAUGUCUCUGUGUCAGGGUGAACUUUGACAAACUUGAAUUUUCUUCUUCUUCCACAAUGAUCAGGUUGAGUCUAUGCACACGGAAGCAGGCUGCCAUAAGUGCCUGUGAUGACAUGUUGACGCAGAAGUAUAAUUCAGUCUUGAAAAAUGAGACCACUGUGGAUAGUUUGGAGUUAACUUUUAUAAAACGUUUACCAAAGUCAAGUGAAUGUUACUCCUGAAUUGGUGUCUUGAACAAAAGUGUUAAGGUGAGGUAGCCAUUUGUCAGCAAUGUUGGACAGGGUUCUUACCACAGAAGACAGAAAAUGCUAGAAAAGUUGUUUUCUGAAGUUUGUCAUUUUUCAUUUAAAUCUGCAUCGAAUUCAUCAGGAUCAUAAGAACAGAGACACAUUUCAU